AUGGUGCUGGCACGGGCCUGGGAGCAAAUGUCCUGAUUCUACUACUAGUACCUGCAGGUCAGGGCGCUCUACACGCUGGAACCCUGGGAAUGGACUGUGUUCAAUUCCCCUUUACCCAUUGUGGGGAUGGCACUGUACACAGGGUAUGUCUUCAUGCCUCAGCACAUCAUGGCGAUAUUGCACUACUUUGAAAUUGUACAAUGA